AUGCAGCCAUUGGGAGCGUUGCAACAGCGGCGGCAGCAACGCUUGGCCAAGAGCGAGCGCAAGCCAUCCUUGACAGAACAAAGACGCCCAUCAGGACCGCCCGAAAGUUCAUCGAAUCGUCGGUCCAGCCAGAACUUUGCAACUUCGCCGUUGAGCAGCCGUCCCGCAACGCUGGAUGAUUGCGCCGACGAGCAGUCAGCAUCGGAGCAGGAGCCUGUCGACGAAUCUACCGACAGUCUGAUGGCCCUCAACACAGCGUACAACAUGCGUAUCGGCCCUGACCUCGUCGCCGAGCCAGACAUGAGCGAUCUGAUCCGUCGCAACAAUCUUGUCAGUACUAACGCCGCAUCGACGCAGGCAACGCCAACAGGCAGCUUGCGAUCGAUCUUAAAAUCCAAGGUUGCUCUUCCCGACGCAUCGCCCCUGCGUGCUCCGCCUCCACAUCCACAUAUCAGACAGCUAUUCGAUGUCGGUGUACACGCAGGACCCGAGCAAGUGCGAUCGCGACAAGUCACAUUUUCGUCUUCCACUGAAGGUUUGGCUGGCAUCUCGGACGACUCAUUUGACGAAUUAGAUGGUCGACUCGAGGAUCAUCAGCAAGAAUCGUCUCCUGACAAACGAAAUAUGGGCUAUGAACGUCACGUCCUCAUCUCGCCGGCAACAAGCCCGAUCAAAACUGGCAUUACAGGCUCACCUUGUUCACCUCUUCCUGCCCUACCAGAACAAAUGGGCUUCUUGACGGCUUCGUCAGUCAGCCUCGUCUCUCUGACAGAGGACAACUCGCAACUGCUUGAUACGACCGAGCCGGUGCUGCGUGCCUGGGAUGAGACAGUGUCAGAUCUGGGCGCAUCUGAUAUUGUGUCGAGUCAGCCAUUUCAUGAGCAGAUGAAAAAGACGCCUUGUGCUAUCAGGCGCGACUCAGGAGAUUUCUCGACACCAGCCAGCGUAUACACGACGCCCUCAAGCCAACUCGGCAUGUCUGCAGUAAACGCGAGGAGCCCAUUCGUGUGCACAUCGCCCUUUUCGAACCUCAAAACUCGUCUGUUCGACCAUCGCACUUACCAGCGCGAGCUUCAUUCGGGCAUCCUUGAAGCCCAGCAGCGAGAGCUAGCCGCCAAAGACGUCCUCAUCGAUCGGCUCCGUGGUGAUGCCGCAGAAGCUCGUCAAGCUCUAAACGCUCUAGCAACGACGCCAGCUAAUCAAAAGGACUCGCAGCCUCUAAGCCAGCAGCUCGAUCGGCUCUUGCUGCAUGUCAUUGACAGUGCAGACCGAUCCGACGAGACUGAUGCAACGAAUGAUGCCUUGCGAUGGGAACUGGCCAAUCGUGAGAGCGACCUUCGCGAUCAAGCAAUCCGUAACCAAUUGCUCAGCUACAACGGUGUCGAUCUCCAUGACAGGCUUUCACGUCACGAACAGCAAGCGAGCGUCCAUGUGCAGCUCAUUUCCGAUCUUGAGGCGCUCAAUGCCGAACAGGAAUGCAUGAUCAGAGACUUGCAGAUCAGGCAGAGCACACCUGAAGCAGCACCCACAAGCUCUGUAGAGAAGCAGCUUGACGAGGCUCGACAAGACCUUGUAAAGGCAACAGAAGAGAUUGCCAUUCUCAAACAGAACGAAAAUGCACACCAGGCGACUCAACUCGUCAAAGAUCAGCAGAUUUAUACGCUCGAAGCAACGCAGACGUCACUUUUGCACGACAUGGAGCAAGCGCAGCAGAUUCAUGCGCAUCUCGUGGUCGCGCAUUCCGAGGUGAUGCGAGAGCUUGCCGCUGCUACCCAGGCGCUCAUGCAACAAUCAACGGACCAACAGGCGACGAUGACGAAGAUCAGUGACCUGGAGAUCGCUCUUACCCAAUCUCAGGCCGCCUUUGCUAAAUCAGACGCGAUGCUGUCACAGCUGCAAGACGAGCAGAAGCUGCAGCGCAAUGAAGCCGAACAAAUCCGAGCAGGCCACCGAGAAGAGGCAUUGAUCUCGCAAGCCGCGCUGCGAGACGCCGAGAUUGUGAACAGCGAACUCAGAGAGCAGCACCGGCAACUUCUGGCGAGACACGAGGGCACGCAAACCGAGCUCAACAAUAGACUCGGCGAUGAGGAAGCGACUGCUGCUCUUGCGACGAAGUACGAGGUCUUGCAGCGCGCACAGAUCAGCGCUGCGCGGGACUAUCAAGAACGAGAAGCUAUCUGGCAGGAGAGGUUGGCAGGCUUACAGGCGGAAGUAGAGCAGCAUACUCGUAGCAUUCGACAGAUGCGCGUACAGUCUGCCGAGCACGAUAUGCAAAUCACCAAACUCGCAAAGUCAAAAGCGAAGCUCAAGGACGAGGUCGCCUACCUCAACAUCGCUCUUGAGGCCAGUACGCGUCUUUCCGCAAAGCAGAUGGACGUGGAGCAGCGCAAGAGACAGGAUAAAGUCCGACAGCUACAGAUGCAGGAUGCAUUCCAACAAGCCGGACUUGUACUGCCAGCUCGGCUCAUCGACACAAGUACUCAUCGACGCGCGCUGACUCUUGGCGCAAGCACGAGUGUCUCUGAGGAUACCUGGACGGCAAUGUCCAUCUCGCAGACAGGGGGCAUCUUUUCUUCGCCAACCUCGGCCAUCGCGAAGCGACGAGUUGCGACACGUCGACCCGCAGCCACGCCCGCGCGCAAAGAGGAACAUCUUCGCGCUGUCAGCAACACUGCUCCCAGCAAAGUCAUCAAAGAGCUUCCUCGUCGUCGAGGAGAUGUCAGCGGUCAACGUCGAGCAGAACCGCUGUCGCCUCUGAACGUCUGA